AUAGCGCGCGACAUCCUGCCGAAGAAGAGAAAAAAACGUUCUGUUGAAAAUCGAGACGUGAAGCGAAGCAGAGGCUAGAAACUCACCGGCAUCAGAGCCAGCAGCGUCUACAACAAAAGCCUCGCAGAAAACUGCUGAAUGAGAGAGCAAAUAUCCACUUCCAGCCCCUGAGUGAACAGACGUUUUUAACUAGCGUGUUGCAGACAAGAAGCGCAGAUGGACACCAGGAACACUGAAGAGAAACCUGUCCAGCGAUCUAAGUCCUUCAGCUUCAAGACUCAAAAGGAAGUGUGUUCAUCAUGUGAGAAGACGGUCUACCCAAUGGAGAGAUUGGUUGCCAACAACCUGGUCUUCCAUUCAACAUGCUUCUGCUGCAAGCACUGCAACGCCAAACUUAGCCUUGGCACCUUCGCAGCUCUUCAAGGUGAAUUUUACUGUAAACCCCACUUUCAGCAGCUGUUCAAAAGUAAAGGCAACUACGAUGAGGGCUUCGGACGCAAGCAGCACAAGGAGCUCUGGGCCUCCAAGGAGACGGAUAAUCUAACAAAGACGGCAUAAUCAUGCCUGUCUGAGUCCCAUCCCAGCCAUGCCUCUUCCUCUUCCUCCUUCUAACACCUCCAAUACGUCACGAUGAACACAGACCUCAUAUGCUGAGGCACUGUUAAAUCACCCACGCGCUCGCUCGCUUUCUAAAUGCCAUCAGAACAGAUACAUCCACAACAGCUAGGAAAUGACUGGCCAGUCAUAAUCCAUUCAAAUAAAUUAAAUCAUUUUAGGGAUAUAUUUUGGGUUCAAUUUAAUUGAUACCUGUAUUUUAUUUCGUUUUUAUUUUCCAAUUUCCUGUUUGGAAUUGGUAGUUGAUUGUGACCAAAAGCCUUCUCCGCUGUGGGGAGUAUACUAAUAAUAAUAAUCACUUUACUUUUUAAUUCUUUUUAAUCAUUUGCACCCCUUUUUUAUUUUUAUUUUAAUAAGUAACCGUAUGCUCUUGCAAACAUAUCAGAGAGGUUACAGAGCAUCCAUGUUUUGCAGUAGAGCAUACACUCAGGUCAAUUUUCACCCAAGGAUUUCAAAAAUGAUUACAUAGUUUUACUCAUUUAAAAAACACAAAUCAAAAUAAUAGUCCUCAGUAUUGUGACUUUGCUGUCAGUUUGUUAGGUUUCAUAUAUUUGAGGAACACAGGGUACAGAGUACUGUAAAAAGAUCCUCGCACAUCAGCAACGGCUCACCUCUCGUUUUAAUUCUUGUGUUUAGUUCCAUCAUCGUUCGCUUCAUCCCGUGGUUUGUUCUUAUUUUAUUGACCACUGUAAGUCUUAUCCUUGCAUGUUGGGAUGACUGGGUCUUAAUAGCCUUAUCUUAUGACUGUAUCAAUCUUUUGUGUUGUGAAUGAUUUUAUUUGUUUCAUUGAUGCAUAGAAAAUCACUUUUAAAGGUUUUUGAGAAGCACUUGAGUUUGGAUUCGAUUGAUGUCACGGCAUGAGUUGAUCCUCUCUGAGCUUUUAUUGAUGGUUGAAAUUUUAAUGGAAUUCUCAGAUUGUGUUUUGUAUACUAUCUGUACGUAGAGCUGUAGUUCGUGAUUAGUGAACAUUCCCCACCUUACUGUACUCUCGUCUUGCACAUAUGACCACACACGAUCACCAGACCAGAUAAUCACAGGGAAACCGAGGCCUCGUUCGCAAAACAUCCUUCACUUCGUCGGAUGAAACAUCUUAAGAGGAGCUGUAAACAUUUUGUUAAAUUGAUUAUUACAAUUACAUUUAUCACAAACGAAGAAGUUGAUGGACGGAGCUUAAGCCUUGCAGGAAACCACAACAUUUUGUUCCUUCAUCAUUUCACGCUUUUGUCAGUUGUUGGCGUCUUGUGGUGAUUUCCCCCUGCUGUAUUUGAGUGUGUUCAUAUAGCUGGACAGUUCUACUUUUUUUAUGGGGGACGUAGACGGAUUCAGUCAGUGUCUUGAACAUCCAUCGUUUUGUUCCCCCCCACCCCCCAGUAAGCGUGGACAGGUUUCCUUUUUAAUAAAUGCCUUCCUGUUCUAAUCUCCUGUCUUAUUAGCUAAAUACAUCUUAGCGCCUGGACCUAUUUCUUAGUAUUGAAUUAAAAGUAGGUGGCUGAGGGACGGUUUGUCACAGUAGUGGACCCCAAAUGUGCUCCUGCAUGCUGCAUGCAAAACCCAUUGCGGAGCCCCCCCUGCUGGGGAAAGUGUGACAGUAGUGUCUAGUGUGAAAGGAAGAAAAAUGACUUGCCCCUGAACUCAACAUAGCCUUUUAUUCAAAGUGUUUGAAUACCUUGCCUCGGUCUGCAGUGCAGCUACUGCACUCCAGACACUUUUUUUAUUUUAUUUAAUUCCAACACCUAAGAGAAAUUAACCAACAUUACACAAGAUUUCCACAUCUAUAUUUCAUUCUACACAAAGAAUGAGUCUGAAGCCAUUCAAAUAUCUCAUUUUAGAAAACUGAAUACCACUGAGACUUGAAUGACACUUGAAUGACACAAAAUGUACUUUUUGUGACUGAAGGUUUACUGUGAAUUGAGCAUGCUGUGCAGAAUGGAAAGAUGAACUGAAACAGAUGGAUAUCUGCUCCUUUUUUUUCCUUUUUUAAAGAGAAGCCUUAGAAAUAAAUUGCUGACUUUAUUGCUUUUUCAAACAAGUCCUUAGAGUGCACACAUCUUUACAAAGAAAUCUCCUCAUGCCUUUUCAAAAGCAGCCCUGCUUAGUUUAGAGCCCCACUCUUUAACAUAGGAUUACUUCACCCAACCAGCAGCCAUUUUUCCUAUCUAACCACUUUCUAUCCACUUAAAAUGUACAAAAAUUCUGUGUGACGAUGUAUAUUUUAUAUUUUCAUUUUCAUUUUAAAAUGGUCUUCUGAAAUCCUGAUUAAAAUCAAGAGUAUUGUAUCUAGAAAUGCUGUCUUUGUCAUUCUCCGUUAGCAGUUCGCCAAGGUACAACUGCAGAAUCUGUGAAUUGCAACUUCUGAGUGUAACAGAGCAGACGAGGUACACUUAACACUGGUGCCAAGAGGCUCAGGUGAAUGAUUGCAGUGUAACGUUGUAAAUGUUAAACCUGUGAGUCACUUCAUUUUUGUGCUUAUCUUGAUGUGGACUUACUUUUCAAUGCUGUUGUCAUCGAGACAUUUUAAAUGUAUGCAUCUUUGAAAAUGUAUUCUGUAUUACAUACUUGACCUGUGGAUUGAGGUGGCCUUACAGCAAAAGGACGCUUGGACUGCGUUUUCAGUCGUUCUCCUCUCUUCUCCCUUCUCUCUGUUGCUUAGUUGUGGUAUGGAAGUGUAACAUUUUAAAAUGUAAGCGCCCCCCCUUUCUACACCAAUAUACACAAUCAUUUUGUGCAUUUUCUUUCUUUUUCUUUGGUUUUUUUACAUGCUUUUGGAGAAAAAAUAAAAAGCUGGUGUUGAUUUAA